CCACUGUCUUCUCUUCAUUUCUUCUUUUUUACAAUAUAAAAAAGACGAGUACCUCGUUGGUUUGUGUUUCUUCCAUACUUGAACGAGCGGCAAUCUUCACGUGCCUUCCUCUCUCUUUCUCUUCCUUCUUGUUGUGUUUCUGUUUUCGUUUUUCUUCUCUUGUUCUUUGACUGUGAUUGUUUGGAUACAAUCUCAAUUUUCUUGGCGUGUCUGCUUGGAGAAAUUGUUACAGACUGAGAGGGAGAGAAACAGGGGAAUUGGGGAUAUAAUGGAAAGGAGGAAAGAAGUCGGAUCAUCUUCGUCUUCUCUAGCUUCGGAGCUCUUUGGUUCAAAGGACUCACCUUCGUCUUCAACUGGAAUUUUCGCUUCAAUUUUUGCUCCUCGUGAUUCUAAGGUGUUAGGAAGGGAGUCUCUGCGUCCUCCUGAUUCAAUGGCUAACAAGCAGUAUCGACCAAACGAGGCCUGGAACACAAAGCCAGGAGUCUAUGGUCAUACCUCCAAGGGACGCGAAAGUGAAGGUCAGAACGCCCAAAGAGUAGAACCAUAUGGUCCAUGUCAUCUAAGCUCCUCAAUCUACUAUGGUGGCCCGGAUAUAGUCUCUGAACCCCAAAGUGCUCAGGCCUCUGGAGUAAACUCUGUGUACAUGGAGGGUGGAGAAGAUGAUUCAGAGAGUGCAUCAAGAGGAAACUGGUGGCAAGGGUCUCUCUAUUACUAAGGUGCUCCUGCGAAGGCAUAUAGUAAUAAUAAGGUAAAUAGGAAGAUAGGCCGUUAAAUCUAUCUUUUGUCAUGAGGGAGAUAAGACCAUUGCAGUCAGCUGGUCUUUAUUGCUUUCUCCCGCUGAUCAACAGAAUCUUUUAUUUGCUUUUCCUUCUUUACAAUGCAAAGGACGACGAAAUGCAGUCAUCUUCAUGUAAAGAAUGUUUUCUGUAGUGACUUAUUCACCUAUGGUUUGGAUUUUGGAGUUUUAAUACGAACUCACCUUCUUAAAGUGUCACAUAUAUCCAUUGUUUAGAAUUCUCUUUUUGGUUUCUCUCUGUUUUACCUGUAACCUAAGGAUGCAUAUAGUCAUUUUGAGAUCUUAAACCUGUUCUAAUUUUUUUAACUUCCUGGCAUUUCAUUAAUGAAUUCUGCCUUAACCA